AUGACUUCGUUUUCAGUUGUUCAUUCAUUUAUAGUCAAUCCUAAUAUUUCAUUAAAUACAGGAUCAGCAGAGAAUAGCUUGACUGUUGCUGGAGGGUACGGGCUAGGCAGUGCCAACAAUGAAUUCUGUUUCCCGUAUGGUAUCGUAUUUGAUGAAAAUCAAACAACGAUCAUUGCUGACUGGGGCAAUCACCGUAUCGUCCAAUGGAGGAUUGGUGAUACGAAUGGUGAAAAAAUAGCUGGUGGUAAUGGCCAAGGGAAUGGCAGGAAUCAAUUGAAUUGUCCAACGGAUUUGCUGAUUGACAAAGAGACGAAUAGUCUCAUUAUCUGUGAUCAAGGAAAUCGACGGAUCGUGCGAUGGUCUCUUGAUAAUCGCACCACUCAAAGAGAAAUACUCCUCGAGAACAUCGCAUGUUGGGGAUUGGCCAUGGAUGAUCAGAGACGUCUCUACGUCUCUGAUAUCGAAAAAGAUGAAGUAAGACGAUAUCAAAUGGGAGAGAAGGAUGGAACUGUUGUGGCUGGUGGUCAUGGACGAGGUGCUGCUUUCAAUCAACUCAGUGGGCCCACCUACAUCUUUGUUGAUCAACAACAGAAUGUCUACGUAUCAGAUACAUGGAAUCAUCGUGUGAUGAAAUGGAAUAAAGAUGCAACAGAAGGAAUUAUUGUUGUUCGAGGAUUUCCUCGAGGACUAUUCGUUGACAUGUCAGAAACCGUCUAUGUAGCAGACUAUGGGAGUCAUCGACUUAUGAGUUGGCCUAAAGGAGCGACAGAGGGCACUGUCAUUGCGGGUGGAAGUCCUGGUGGAGAAGAAGCAAAUCAAUUGUAUUAUCCCUGGGGUUUGUCCUCCGAUCAACAUGGCAAUCUUUAUGUUACCGAUCAUUCAAGCCAUCGAGUACAACGAUUUUCUAUCAGGCAGGCCAAUUAA